CUCUUUGUCACACCGUGUGAGAGCGACACCUGACCAGCUUCUGUUGUUAUCUUCCCCCUUCCUCUUCUCUCUCUCUCUCUCUCUCUUCUUUUCUUCAACUUCUCCAUCCUCCUCCAUCUUCCCAUUUCAAACCCAAACCUCUCUCGCUCCCUCGUUCGCUCGCUACCUUCAACUACAUUCGUUCCAUUCAACCCCCAGACUCCAAUCUCAGUUACCUCGUUCGUUAACCUCUUCCGCCUUAAGCCAAGAAACAGCAGUUCUCAAUCGUUCAAAAUGUUCUUCAAAGUUCCUCUCAAGUUCGCAGUCUUGUUGACCGUCUGGUUCUUCGCAACCAUGACUUUGGCUACUGAAACUUUUGCUAAUGUCGGCAACGUCUAUGACGACGAGGUCUUGAUUGCCAUCCCCAUUGCCAAGCGUGAGCUCGAUCCUCGUGACGUGACCAUUAUCAAGACAAUUUGCGAGACCUCAACCUCAGUGAUCUCCGCUACUGCCCCUGCGAACCCACCCGCGGCGGGCACCACUGUUGUUGAGCUCCCUCCUGCCAACCCUACUGGUCAGCCCUCGAGCCCCUCGGAGUCUCACGGUGCUCCUCCUGCUCAUCCUACUACUGUUCCUGGUACUGUGGUGCUGCCUCCUGUGACCUCGAAGCCUGAGGGAGUUUCUCCUACCUCUGCGCCUGGCACUACUGUGCAGCCUCCUGUGACUUCCAAGACCGAGGCAGUCUCGAGCCCGACCUCAAACACUCAGGCGACUCACAGUGUGCCCUAUACCAGUGCCUCUCACUCGUCUUCCCCUGUGUCGUCUAGUGCGCAGAAUGUCACUCACUCCGCUACCACUCUGACCACUGGCGCGACUAGUACCUCAGCUGCCAGUAGCACUCACACCACCGCGCCCCCUUCGAGUGCAGCUACUGGUCUUAAUGGUAUGCGUUCUGCUGCCAUCCUGGCCUUUGUAGCAACUUUCGUUGUCUUCUUCAGUAUCUAAGCAGUUCGUCGGUUGCUCUA